AAGGAGACGAAGGGUUGGGAUCGGGGAGGGGGAAGAAAAGAGGGAAGGAGAGGUAGGGUGACAAUCGGAAGGAUAUAAAUGGUCGCCUCCAAAGAGCCUUGACCGGAGGGAGAAGUGGGACGGGGUGGUUCAAAGGGAGAGAAAAAAAGCGGAUGGACAGAGGCGAAAAGAGUGAAAGGAAAAAAAAAGAAGGGCGAUUGUUUGAUGAUCACCUGUUCAGCGUUCAGCAGAACCCGGGGAGAGGAGGGGGGAGGCAAAACAAAAAAGAAAAAAUGAGGGUCCCUAAAAGAGGACAAAAAAGAAAAAUUGCAAAAGAGGAAAAGACUGAAUUUCUAGUGCAGUCGAAGAAGAAGAAGCCCAGAAGGCAAAGCCAUCAAGAAACACCCGAUCUGGAUGUAAGUCCCGCCGGGCCCCUGGACUGAAGGGAUCGGGUGGAUGGAUAACCUCGGCGGCGCUUACUGGACCAUCUCAGCGCGGUUUGCCUUUUGCGUGACAUGCUCUACAUCUGCAGAUGGUUUCAUCACUGGCUCGAUCGACGCAUCUGGCAAGGUAGUAGGAAGUCGACACAGGAGUCUGGUCUGUGGCUUGCCCGAGAUGCGCAUGCCUAUGAACCCUCUAGGUUGCGGGCCAUCCGUGACUGGUUGAUGCGAUGUAUACGCCACCUGUUGCUUGCUUGGAAGGGGG